AUGAUUUUCAGAUCAAACCGUCCUAAUAUUGAAAUUCCAUCUACUGGUCUUUACCAGUAUAUAACAAGUAAUCCUAAUAAUGUUCUCGAAAAUAAAAUUUUAUUUAUCGAUGGGACAACAGAUGAAAAGAUAACUUUCGGUGAAUUCAAAAGUAAAACAAAGAGAUUUGCUGCGGGAUUACAGGGUAAAGCUGGGUUUAAACGAGGGAAUGUCUUGGCGAUCGUUUCGCCUAAUCAGAUUGAUUACUCCGUGAUAGUAUUUGGUGCAAUCGCUGCUGGUGGCAAGGUUGUUCCUGUGAAUCCGAAAUAUAGUAUCACCGAAUUAACAUACCAAUUAUCCGCCUCUGGAGCCUCUAUUAUAAUUUCCCAUCCCUCGUGUCUCUCUACAACAAUCGAAGCUGCCAAAAAAGCCAAGAUUUAUUCUAAAAUAUUUUUAAUUAUUGAUGAAGAAAUUGACGGGGUUAAACCAUACAGCACUUUGCUUGUUGAUUGUGAAUUUAAACCUAUAGAGUAUACGCCAGAGGAGGCUAAGAAUACUACCGUAUUUUUAUGCUAUAGUUCGGGCACGACUGGAAAAAAUAAAGCUGUUGAGAUUACACACACUAACAUGGUCGCAAAUGUGAAGCAGGUGGUUUCAUCUGAACCAGGCUUUAAUAAAAACAAUGUUUUUAUGGGUGUGGUGCCAUUCCAUCAUGCUUAUGGAUUAACUAUUAUCCUUCAUAUUUCAAUACUCUUGGGUGCCACGACGGUAUUAACUUCGAAAUUUGGCCUUUCAACAUUCUGUCGCAUAGUUCAAGAUUACGUCGUUGACUACGCUUUUCUCGUGCCUGCAAUAAUUCAACUAUUGGUUAAAAAUCCGAUUGUUAUGAGUUAUAAACUAUCGAGCUUGCGAAUGAUUAUUAGUGCAGCUGCUCCUCUUGGUAAAUCUUUGAUUGACGACGUGCAUAAUAUUCAUGGUAUUCCCGUUAAACAAGCAUAUGGACUUACCGAAACAUCACCGUGUAUCAGUUGGGCUAAUGACGAGAAAUCCGCCAAAGGUGUUGUUUACCCGUUCGGAUGA